UCUUCGCGCCUCCAAAUGCGGAAGUGACUGUGAAGUGCUUCCACCCGGUCAGAGCCGGAGUUCCUCCACGCCAACACACACACACACACACACCGCUCUUUCUCUCAGAUAUCUCACACACACUUCUCAUCGACCGGAGACAUGCACAUUAAAACAGGUACCUGGGAGUCGAACAAUGCCGUGUGCGAGUCCGAGACGCUUUGCGACCCCGUCGUCCUCGUCUCUCCGCCCCAAGCCGAGCCCCACAUCCGGAACCGGCGUCUCUCCCCCGGCUCUGGCGGCUGCGGUGGUGGUGGCGGAGGUGGCUGCGCCGCCAGAGUUGACACGCUUCCCCCUCGUCCGAAGUCAAACAGCCCUCAUCAUGAAGGAUCUUCACUUGGAACUGCUCACACACAAUCUCUGAAUCGGGAGCACAGGUCUCAGAACAGGGGCCGGGGCCCUCGGCGCGAAGGGGCCGGUCAGAAACUCCACAAAUCGUCUCAGGCACAGAAGGAGAGGUGGAUGGGAGAAGCGUUGUCGUCUCACAAACCUCCUCCCUCUUUCCCGGUGAAGGACAGCCCCGCAAAGCUGCAGCCGGCCGUCAGUUAUGCCUCCAAGGUGAAGGCAGGUGGACACAUUGGGGGCGUGGCCGAGGAGCCGCCUGGCAUCGGGGCACUCCUGCAGAAUAAGUGGGGACUCAGCUUCAUCACCGACGGUCCCGCCAUGGAGAACUCCGCUCCGGACGACAAAGAGCUUACAGAGCAGAGUCCAGCCGUGGCUGUUUAUCACGCUGCUGGAGAAACGGUUCCUGAAAACCCUGCGGCUUUUUCGAGCCAGUGCUCGAGGGAGCCUGAUGAUUCUGCACAGCUUCUGCUCACCUGUCGCCAUCUAAUGGAAGCCGUGCAGUAUCAUACGCAAGAAUGGAGUGCAGUCUUCAGGAAACAAAAAGAAGAUCCCGUGAAGGUCGUCUGGUAUACAGACUCAUCAUAGCAGCUUCAGACAACACUGAUCACACACACACACACACACACACCAUCCUGAUCACACUCACAAGUACACACAACCUACUGUUUGCACUCCCCCCCUCCCCCGCCCGCGCUCGAUGUGAAGAAACGUCUCCAAUGCAUGGAUGCCUUAAAACAUUACACACAUGGAGAUCUUUCCACACAUCCUUUUGUUUUAUCAUGGUGGAGAACACUGUUUACUUUUUAUAGAAUAUCUUUAUAAAGAUCUGGAGAUUUUAUCGUAUGGGGCGAAAACUUUUACUUUCAACGUAGCUUCAUCCUUACCGCUUUCUCCCCCGUUAUAAAGCGCUCUUUCUGUACUUACAGCAAAGAUCUCCCUCCCUCUCCCAUGCUUUCUUUCUCUCUCUUCAUCCCUCCAUCUCUCUCUCUCCACCCCUCCAUCUUUUCCCCUCUGUCUUUCUUUUUGCCCCUCCAUCUCUCUCCUCGUCUCUGGAAAUGACAUCGUGUUUUUUGUGUACCCCCCCUUCACAGGGCUCGGCCGACUCGCACAGUCAGCGCCGCUGCUCCGGUUUCCGUUCUCAGUGCUGUUUUUAACUGAAUGUAAAAUGUACAAUAGAGAGCUUUUUUUUUUUUUUUUUUUUAAGGGGCACUGGAAGAGGUUUAAAGUGAAGUGUUGCAGAAUAAAAGCAAAGUAUAAACA